CCCCUCUUCUCCCCCACACCCACAGUGAGAAAUCCAAGGCCACUUCACGCAACUACUCAAGCGCAGCCAUGGCGGAUCUCCAAGGACGAAAGGUAUUCAAGGUCUUCAACCAGGACUUUGUGGUUGACGAGCGCUACACCGUCACCAAGGAGCUGGGCCAGGGAGCCUACGGCAUUGUCUGCGCUGCCGUCAACAACCAGACGAACGAGGGCGUCGCCAUCAAGAAGGUCACCAAUGUCUUCAGCAAGAAGAUUCUCGCCAAGCGCGCCCUGCGCGAGAUCAAGCUGCUGCAGCACUUCCGCGGCCAUCGCAACAUCACAUGUCUCUAUGAUAUGGACAUCCCGAGACCUGAUAACUUCAACGAGACGUACCUAUACGAGGAGUUGAUGGAAUGCGACUUGGCAGCUAUCAUCCGUUCCGGCCAGCCUUUGACCGACGCUCACUUCCAGUCCUUCAUCUACCAGAUCCUGUGCGGUCUCAAGUAUAUCCAUUCCGCCAACGUCCUCCACCGAGAUUUGAAGCCCGGAAACUUGCUUGUCAACGCCGACUGCGAGCUGAAGAUUUGCGAUUUUGGUCUUGCCCGUGGCUUCUCUGUCGACCCCGAGGAGAAUGCGGGAUACAUGACGGAGUACGUUGCCACAAGAUGGUACCGUGCGCCCGAGAUUAUGCUGAGCUUCCAGAGCUACACCAAAGCCAUUGACGUUUGGUCUGUCGGCUGCAUUCUUGCCGAGCUUCUGGGUGGCCGGCCAUUCUUCAAGGGCCGAGACUAUGUCGACCAGCUUAACCAGAUCUUGCAUAUUCUCGGAACUCCGAACGAAGAAACCCUCCGCCGCAUAGGAUCUCCCCGUGCCCAAGAAUACGUCCGCAACCUGCCAUUCAUGCCCAAGAAGCCUUUCCCAGCUCUCUUCCCCGACGCCAACCCCGACGCCCUCGACCUCCUCGACAAGAUGCUUGCCUUUGACCCUUCACAGCGUAUCAGCGUCGAGCAGGCGCUUGAGCACCCAUACCUCCACAUCUGGCAUGAUGCUUCUGACGAGCCGGACUGCCCCACGACGUUCAACUUCGACUUUGAAGUCGUCGAGGAUGUCGGUGAGAUGCGAAAGAUGAUUCUGGACGAGGUGCUGCGCUUCCGACAGCUUGUGCGCACUGCUCCUGCAUCCGGCAACCAAGGCGCGGCUCAGCAGAUGCAAGUCCCCAUGCCGUCAGCUGGUGGCCAAUGGACAGCAGAGGAUCCGCGACCACAGGAAUACAUGGGACACCCCAACGGACUUGAGCAGGAUCUCCAGGCGGGCAUGGACAUUAGGAGGUAAAUCCGCGUGUAGAGCGCAAAAGAGCAGGGUUGGAAUGACUUUCUGUUUGCGUCCCUUGUGCAAUUUAUGGUGGAAGCAAACACGGAUGAAAAAGUCUAUACUGAAUGCCACACAUUCCCUCAUCAUGAUAUGGAAGAGCAAAGAGAAGGAGGAAUUAAGCAAAACAAAAGGAGUUUAUUACAUUAGGAAGAGUAUUUCUUGACGCUGGAUAUGGGUAUUAGUGAAGCGAGAAUGCGCGUUGGAACGAGGCAAAAUUACUACAAUCGACGAAUGCUGUAUACAAUACACUCUACAUGGCGCAUACCAGUAUAAUUUUCUGAAUG